AUGGCCAAGACAGGAAUUGAACUUACCCAACAAGCCUUAAACGCCUUCCUCCGAGCAAAAUCAGCUUCUGAUUCUCUCCUAAGUUCCAACACUACACCCAUUCAGCCUUUCUCCCAAGCCGACCAACUCAGAUGGCUCAAAGUAAGAAUUCUAUUAGACCAAGAACCACCCGUGAUGGAUCUUGUUGAGACUCAUCCUCUCUCUUCUUCCAUUGAGGAUGAUUAUAACGCCAUGUCCGAGAGUUGUGCUCGUGAAGGUGGACUCUUACCUUGUUAUUUCUUCUUCCGUUUGGAUUCAACUGUUGAAGGCAACUCAUCGACCGCCUAUGAAUGGUUGUUGAUUUGGUACGUUCCAGAACGUGCCAAAGUGAGAGAGAAGAUGUUAUACUCAUCAUCCAUGGCCGGCUUGAAGACUCAAAUUGGUUUCUCAAACUCGGUGUAUGGUGUUGGAUUGUGGGCUGGUGAUUAUCAUACAGUAUCAUUGGAAGACUUAAAGUACAAGAAUUUCAAUUUUGUUCACAAGUCACAACGUCAUAUUCAUGAUAUUGAGUUAUAUACUGAACAAGAGAGACAAAAGAUUAUGGAAGAAAAGGAGGCUUUUGAUCAAGUUGAAAAGCAGGCAGCAUCAACUGUGACUUCUAGUUCUCCAACAACAUCAUCUACUGCACCCCGAGGUGUUGAAUUUCCAUUCGAGCCAUCUGCACAAAAAGCUAUUGAUAAUUUUGUGCGAGGUUCUUCCAUGAUGGUUGUUUUGAAGGUUGAUAUUGAAAAUGAGAAAAUUUUGUUGUGUCAAGAACACAAAGAUUCAAGCCCAAUUAGUGUGGACGAAUUGAAACAAAUGAUUGCUGACAAUGAGCCUCGUUAUAUCUUUUUCCAUUUUGAAUAUGAGCAUGAGGAGGCAGAUUCAAACAAGAAGACAGUUUUCAUUUAUUCAUGCCCAACCAAAUCAAAGGUCAAACAAAGAAUGUUGGCAAGUGCUAGCAAGUCACACGUUCUUUCAACUGUUACUGCUUCAGAUGCUGUCAAGGUUGAAGCAAGUUUGGAAAUUUCUGAUGUUUCAGAUCUAACUCAUGAUUUCCUUGUAAAGUAUCUCCAUCCUCCAAAGCAAGAAUCAGCCACAAAAUUCAGCAAACCAAAGAGGCCAGGAAGAGGAACUGCAAGAGUUGCUAAGGACGAAGAAAAGUAA